CACACAGAAAUUUUUUCUUCGUAUUUUUUUGGUUCGCAGUUCGAUAAACAUUUUAUAAUAAUAAUUACUACACUUUCAAAAAAUCCACACACAAAAAAUAAAAAUAGGCAUUAAAAUAUUUAUAAUUUCCACGGCACCUCGGCUUAUUUUAUUCGACGACAAUUUCUUAAUGAAAACAAGGGAGUUCAAGAGACUUGCAAAAAAAAAAGUUUUUUUUUUUGUAGUAGACUAUGACUAAACAGGUUAUUUGCCUUUUUUAGUCACUCCACACCGAAAUAAAGGAAAAUAAACAAAAUAAAAGAAUAUUAAUGUUUUAAAAGUUAUUUAAAUUAAAUUUGCAAAAUUUGUGUUGAUCAAAAUUCUGGUGCAGUCGAUUUUUUCGCCCAAAAAGUGCACACACGACGAAAAAUAUGCGAGACCUUAGUUGUCGAUUGUUGUAAAUAACUUUUUAUGUGAAACACUGUUGUUGCGUCUCGCUUCGUGUAUGUGAUAAUUGAACCAAGAUCAAGUGUAGACAAAUAUUAGAUAAUAAUACGUAACUACGCGCAAGCAUUGCAAGAGGCAAAAUAAAAAAAAAAAAGUGAACGACGCUUAAAAUAAACGCAAGAAAAAAAAAUGUAUUGGAUUUCGCGUAUCGAAGGAGGUCCAAGACGCGUGAAUCAUGCAUCUGUUGCUAUCGGCGAUUACAUCUACUCGUUCGGCGGCUACUGUUCCGGCGAGGAUUACAGCACGAUACAGGUCAUGGAUGUCCAUAUGCUGAACACAAACAACCUCCGAUGGUCUCUCGUGUAUCCGCGACGCAGCGAAGAGAAAGAAUUGCACCCAAAUGUGCCGUUUCAGCGUUACGGACACAGCGCUGUCGCCUACAAACAUCGCGUUUACAUCUGGGGCGGUCGCAACGAUCAACUAGUUUGCGGAAUUCUCUUUUGCUUCGACACGCAUACGCGACGUUGGAGCAAGCCUGAUGUCUCGGGGCCCCGACCUGGGGCACGUGACGGUCAUACCGCUUCCGUAAUCGGCGAAUACAUGUACCUGUUUGGCGGCUUCGAGGAGGGCAGUGAUCAGUUUUCGCGCGAUUUGCACAUACUUAACCUCAAAACGCUCACGUGGCGCUACGUGCAAACGUUUGGCGAGCCGCCGUCCUAUCGGGACUUUCAUACGUCGACGAUAAUUCCGAGUCUGAAUCGCAUGUACAUUUUUGGGGGGCGCGGGGAUAUUCAUAGUCCGUAUCACUCGCAGGAGGAGGUUUAUUGCCCGAAAAUUGUGUAUCUCGAUUUGGCGACGAAUCAGUGGCAUAUGCCGACGACGACAGGUAGCGAGCCGCUGGGAAGGAGAAGUCAUUCAGCGUUUAUUUAUAACAAUCGUAUUUUUAUAUUUGGCGGCUACAACGGGAAACUCGAUACACACUUUAACGACUUGCAUUGCUUUGAUCCGUCAACCAAUGUAUGGCGUCUCGUAAGGACUCACGGAACCCCGCCUAACGCUCGACGAAGACAAUCAUGUUUAGUAAUAGGAAGGAAAAUGUUUUUAUUUGGUGGCACAUGUCCACAAUAUCUCGAUCCGUUGGACCUGCGAACAUCGCUCGUCGACUACAACGAUACGCAUGUACUGGAUUUUUUUCCCACCCUCAAAACACUUGCAAUAAUGUCUGUGAUUGAAAAUAAUUUAGACCAAACGUGGUUACCGCAGGGCAUUCGAUGGGACAUUCGGAUGCUGACGCAGCCCAACUCGAUUUCACGUCCCUUCAAUCAUUUGGGCUAACAGUUCAACUGGUUCUUCGAUGUCGACCAAAGGAUGCGCAUUUUAAGGUUGCUUUUUUAAUGAUGAAGAAUUUCGUAGUUUACACACACACACAAGAAGGAAGAAGCAUACGUAUCACGGCAUUUUUACGGAAAAGAGAAAAAAACGACGUAGAAGCAAAAUUAACUCUAGCAACGAACGUGCCACAAGAAUUUCAUAGUCAUCAUCAUAAUCAUCAAAGCAAAAAACUUUUUUUUUAUUAUCAAGGAGAAAUCGCAAAUUUAGCUUACAUGACGAAGCACAUGAGGAAUCAACUCAACAUUGGCAAUCAUCUAGACUUAUUAAAAAAAAAAUAUCAAAAAUCUAGUCAACAAGGGCUUUUCGUCCCUUUUAUUAUAUAAAAUUAAUUAAACAUUAGAAUUAAGCAAACCGCAUCAAAAAAAAACCACAAUCAUGAUCUCACAAAGAGAAACAUUUUUUUUUUGUAAUUGAAAACUUUUUUUUUCACGCGCAACGCAUUUACAAUUACGAAAAGGGAAAAAAAUUA